AGUCAGUGUCACUCUUGCGCUCGGUUCAAGUUGGGCAAGCGGGCGAUUUGUGACUGACACGCGCCUCAAUCGACUUGAGAAGCAUGCCACCGGCCAAGGUGAAGAUAAGAUGCCUUCAGCGCGACGCGGGUCAGGCCUGCAGCCGGUGCGCUCGGCUCGCUCUACGAUGCGAGGUGCAGCCCCAUCGAAGAGGCCCGAAUAAGCGAUUCCAAGCAAGGAACGCUGAUGCUAACAAUCGAUUGGAGCGAACGAAUAAUUCUAGCACCUUCAGCCGCGAGGCUCUGAAUGGGUCGCCGGUUCUCGACAGCCCGUCACUUCGUCACUCAUCCAAAGACGGGCACUCAGCCGCCUUUGGCUCCCCAUCCCUCCCCGACUCGCGUCUUGCCUCACACCCUUUCCCCCGCUUCUCAACAAGAUCCCUACUGGACAACGACGACACCGAGCUGCGCAAGACCACGUUAGCCUCCAACCUCAUCGAGGAGGACGAUCUAUGCGAACCAAACGUGGCGUCCGUCCAUUCUUACGCGGCCAUGGAGCCGGUCGAUGCAUUGAGUGAUUCUGAUCGACCGGAUUGGAGUCCUUCGAGCUUGUCCAUCUGGUGCGAAGUGUUCACCGAGCAGGAGGCGCGGCUCCUUCAUGGCUUCUACUUCGAACGUCUUAACGGCUGCAUAGCCUUGUUGACACCGGCGCUGAACGUAUUCGAUGACCUCUGCGCAGACAGCCAGGCUCAUUUGCUCCUUUCCGCCAUCCUUACCGUCUCUUCGCGCUUCGUGAUGGUGCACAAGUACGACAAGGCGCUGAGUUGUUUGGAUCGUUCGCUGAACAAUAUUACAGCCACAACGGGCUUACCGUCGAGCAUGCAGACCUGCCAGGCGCUCAGCAUAGCCGCCAUGUGGCGCCAUCCGUCGAACUCCACUGGCUGGCGCAAGAUUCAUACGAGCAUCUCCAUCGCUCUGGAACUAGGCCUGGACAGGCUGGCCAAACGGCCGCUCUCGACCGACUUGAGCCGUGAAGAGGCUAUGCGCAUCGCCCAGCUCCAAAGGACAUUUUUCCAGCUCGGAUGCACGGAGGAGCACUUCUGCAACCAGCGAAGAAUACCUGCAUUGCUCGAUGUGACUAGCUUCCUCGAUCCGCGCGUCUGGAUCGAGAGCCUCAAUCACGUCUGUGAGGACGUUGACGUGAGGAUCGCCGCUGCCAUCGAUCAGAUUUCCAUCUUUCGGAAGCUGCAGGCCGAUCUGGCGAAACUGAGGGCCGAGUCGUCGAGAGCAAAGAGGAUCAAUUCCAGGUCACAUGGCCUUCAAGAGCUGAGGCUGCUCAAAAACGCCAUCUUCGACCACGACGGCACGGCAGCCUACUGGCUCCAAGAGGUCGAGACAAGCUCAUCGCAGACGGAAGCAAGCGAACCAGCGCCAGGGUCGUUGCGUGUGGGAUUUGCCAAUCGGCCUUGCGGCGACUUUAACCGACUCAACCACGGCCUCAACUACUGGCAAGCUGUUUAUGCGGUCUACUGUCGCAAAGAGAUGAUGGCAGACAAAAUGCUGCAGGAUGAGCGAUCGGAAGCCUUUGAAAGGGCCACUUGGCAUGCUCUGGCCCUGAUGGAGCUCUUCGACGGCCCUUUUGGCGAGGCCGAGUACUACAGAUAUGUCCACGAUUCGGUCAUCUGCUCAACGGCCGCGGCUUCCAUCUGGGUCGUGGACAAUUGGCCCGCUAUGAACGUGGCACAGGCCGAACGAGCCCAUGCAGCUCUCCGACGCGCAGCACGGGUCACUUCGUCGAGCGCAGACCGAUGGCUGGAACAGUCGGCGUAUUUACACAAGCUGCUGCAGUUUUGCUGCUCGAAACUGCCCUCAUCGAUUUCUAUGGUGCCGAGCAGCAGCAGGACUCAGGAGAACAACCAGCAUGGUCUCGCACAAAGGCGCGAAUCGACCGAAGGAGUUUCUGCUGUGGCAGCCGACUGGAUCAUGACACCAGCAUUGCCGACCGGUGAUCUUCUCGACAGCUCCCCUGGCCUCUCUGACGACCUGCUCUGGAUCUUGUCGAUGUCGUUAGGCGGCGGGACAGACGACCACUCAAGCCUCCAAGACCAGACCAAUCAGCGAUGCCAUCCUAAUCACCUGUCCUUUGCCAUGCCUACCUCCGAAGGAGGAGGCAACAUAGCUGCUUUCUUGCGCAACAUGGUUGCGGACAAUGUAUCUGCGGUCGGUGAGCUAGGAUAAAUCAUGAUUCUAGUCGACAAGCGCGUGGCGCAGGGCACAUUUCUGUGUCUGCGCAAUAUACACACACACACAAUACUCCGAUACCGGCUAAGAUGACACAUCAUUGUUUUCUUGGUGAUGAA